CGGAAGCGUUCCGGAGGGAGGCGGUGGCAGCUCCGGCGGGUCUCGGGAUUGCGGAAGUUUGUGUUCGGAGGGGCCCAGGGCCGGCGGAGCUGUGGUGGUUUACAAGUUCCGGAACGGAGGCCGCGGCUCCGGGUCCGAGCGCCACGAGCCUCCAGAGGUGGGUCACACUGGGUGCGAUUGGGCGUCGCGGCCUCGGGCUUCCUCCGUUCCUCGCUCGUCCCCGAGGAACCGCCUCAUCUCCACCAUGGCUUCCACCGGGCCCAACCUCCAGAAAGCCAUAGAUCUUGCUAAUAAAGCAGCACAGGAAGACAAAGCUGGCAACUAUGAGGAGGCCUUGCAGCUCUAUCAACAUGCCGUGCAGUAUUUUCUUCAUGUUAUUAAAUAUGAAGCACAAGGUGAUAAAGCCAAACAGAGUAUCAGGGCCAAGUGUACGGAGUAUCUUGAUAGGGCAGAAAAAUUAAAAGACUACCUGAAGAAAAAGGAGAAAAAGCCACAGAAGCCAGUAAAAGAGGGACAACCAAGCCCAGCUGAUGAGAAGGGGAAUGACAGUGAUGGGGAAGGAGAAUCUGAUGAUCCUGAAAAAAAGAAACUACAGAAUCAACUUCAAGGUGCCAUUGUUAUAGAGCGACCAAAUGUGAAAUGGAGUGAUGUGGCUGGACUUGAAGGAGCCAAAGAAGCACUCAAAGAAGCUGUGAUUCUGCCUAUUAAGUUUCCUCAUCUUUUUACAGGUAAAAGGACACCUUGGAGAGGAAUCCUACUGUUUGGGCCACCUGGAACAGGAAAAUCUUAUUUAGCCAAAGCUGUAGCAACAGAAGCAAAUAACUCAACAUUCUUUUCAAUAUCUUCUUCUGAUCUUGUUUCUAAGUGGCUGGGGGAAAGUGAAAAGUUGGUUAAGAACUUAUUCCAGCUUGCAAGAGAGAACAAGCCUUCCAUCAUCUUCAUUGAUGAAAUUGAUUCUCUGUGUGGCUCCCGGAGUGAAAAUGAGAGCGAGGCUGCUCGGAGAAUUAAGACGGAGUUUCUCGUCCAGAUGCAAGGGGUUGGUGUGGACAAUGAUGGAAUUUUGGUUCUGGGAGCCACAAAUAUACCUUGGGUUCUGGAUUCUGCUAUUAGACGAAGAUUUGAGAAGCGAAUUUAUAUUCCUUUGCCUGAAGCCCAUGCCCGAGCAGCAAUGUUUAAACUGCACUUGGGCAGCACACAGAACAGUCUAAAGGAAGCUGACUUCCAAGAACUUGGGAAGAAAACGGAUGGCUAUUCGGGCGCAGACAUAAGCAUCAUUGUGCGAGAUGCACUCAUGCAGCCUGUUAGGAAAGUUCAGUCAGCCACUCAUUUCAAAAAGGUGCGAGGACCUUCCCGAGCUGACCCGAACACCAUUGUGGAUGAUUUGCUGACACCCUGCUCUCCAGGGGACCCCGGAGCCAUUGAAAUGACGUGGAUGGAUGUCCCUGGAGAUAAGCUUCUGGAGCCAGUGGUUUCCAUGUGGGAUAUGUUGCGGUCACUGUCAAAUACAAAACCCACCGUCAAUGAACACGACUUGUUGAAAUUAAAGAAGUUUACAGAAGAUUUUGGCCAAGAAGGCUAAACCAAAGACAGCAAGGAAGAUGUUUACCAUAUGCCUUUCUUUCAUAGAUAUGUUUUCUGCCUUUCGGGGAUGGCACUGACAUUAUUUCCAGUGACUCUUACCAGUCUACAAACAUCUCACUUCAGAGUUCCUUUUAGUUUGUAUUGUACUUUUCCUCCAUAACCUACCUUUUAAGUGUUCCCAUAGACAAAGAUGGUACAAUAAUGGAUUAUAAGGAAAUAAGCAAUAUGUGAAUGGCGCAUAAACAGAAUUAUCCAGCAAAAAGAGUAUUAAAAAUUGACAAAUACUUAAAAUUUUUAUGAGUAAUGGUCUUUGCCAAGAGCAUUUUUCAUUUUUUUUUUAGUAAAAUGAAAUAGGGCUUUAUAUUUUGACAAAAAUGUCUUAAACAUUCUUAUCAACGUAAAUUUUACUUACUUUAUUGAAAAUGAUAGAGUCUUUACUCAGGGAUAGGCAAUAAAACAAUAAAGAGCAUUGAUUGGUUUUGGGAAGAUUUUGAAUUGUGUCACGUUCAGUGCUCUUACUUUUUAAUAAGUUGUUGUCUUGUUUUGUUUUCCUGUGGAGAUUUAAUUCUUUUCAAGGUAGAAAGCUUUUAUAAUUAAAUGAUACCUUUCACUGUGCAAUCUCAAGAGAAAGACUUUCUAAAUUAGAUGUUGAAUUUACCUUGAAGAUGAAAAGUCUAUUUCAAUGUCUUUUGUAGCAAGAUUGACCAAAACAGGUGGUAAAGAAGUAUGAAUUUUUUUUAAUAACUGUCAUGAGAUAUUGUAAUGGGAACCUUUGCUAAUAAGAAAAUGGCCUCCCUUUGGAUUAUGGGAUGUUUUUCAGUGUGAAAUGGGUGUGUGUAUUGUACAUAUGUAUGUAUAUAUAAUUUUUUAAGAUACAGAAUAUAAACAAAGGUCUUGCUUUCCACCUUUUAAGUUCAGGGAACAGUUGGUCCUGUCCACACAUGUGUUAUCAGUGUGACACUUCAUGAGGCUUUAAAAAUGAACUUAUUGGAUAAUAAAACCUAAACAUAUGUUAUUUUAGUGUUUAAAUAAAUGAUCUGAGGAUGUGUUACACACUUUAGCAUCGACACUAAGUUGUGCCUUGUACAUUUGCAUUGACUAUAUAUGCAAAGACUAAGUUAGUUAGAAUGAGGUAGAGUCCUUAAUUACUAUAAAGUUCUACCUUACAAAUUCUAUACAGUAACUUACAUUUUAAACUACAUUUGCACAUUCUACAUACUAUGCUAUAUGGUUGCCUUGGGGUUUUCUGUACAGAUUGUUGAUAUUCAAUGGAAAUCAUAGGCCUAAAACAUGAUGUUCUCAUGUGAAGUAAAUUGAUAAUAACCUACAAUGGUUGUAUGCUUUGUAUGCUUUUUUUAUUUGGAGUCUUGGUGUGUGGGUACAAAGAAAUAACAUGAAAUUUUUGGACGUGUACAUGAGAAGACUGGGUAUGGUUUAAUGUGAAACUCUUUGGCCAAUAAGCCAGAUUGCUUGGUUACAGGCAAUUUAGUGGAGAGAGAAAUAAUUACACAAGGAGGCAAUCAGCCAAAAGAGAAUGUAAAAUAUUCUACAAGACAACUGACCUGGUUUCCUCAAAAACUCAGUUAUU